GGGAUUAGUUGGUUUCGGAGCGGAGGAGGGAGCCCGGCCGUCUGGAGCGCGGACGAGACAAAGCCGAAACCGGGGGCCCCGCGAGGGUUGGGACCCAGGCUCCGAGGCGCCCCAGCCGGCGGGGAGGGCUGUGCGGACAGGCGCGCCGCCCCGCCACCCACCGCCGCCGCUUCGCAACAGGUCCGCCGCCUCCGGGGCGGCCUCUCUCUCAGCUCCCCUCCCCCGUCCCCCGCGCCCCCGGGGGCGCCUCCGCUCGGCUCCAGGCCACGGUUCGGCCACCCGCUUCGAUGCGGUUCGGGUCCAAAAUGAUGCCGAUGUUUCUGACGGUGUACCUCAGCAACAAUGAGCAGCACUUCACAGAAGUUCCAGUUACCCCAGAAACAGUGUGCAGAGAUGUGGUGGAUUUGUGUAAAGAACCCGGCGAGAGCGAUUGCCAUUUGGCUGAAGUGUGGUGUGGCUCAGAACGUCCAGUUGCUGAUAAUGAGCGGAUGUUUGAUGUUCUGCAGAGAUUUGGAAGUCAGAGGAGUGAAGUGCGUUUCUUCCUUCGUCACGAACGCCCCCCUGGCAGGGAUAUUGUGAGUGGACCAAGGUCUCAGGAUCCAGGUUUAAAAAGAAAUGGUGUAAAAGUUCCUGGUGAACAUCGAAGGAAGGAGAAUGGGGUUAAUAGUCCUAGGAUGGAUCUGACUCUGGCAGAACUUCAGGAAAUGGCAUCUCGCCAGCAGCAGCAGAUUGAGGCCCAGCAGCAGAUGCUGGCUACUAAGGAGCAGCGCUUAAAGUUUCUGAAACAGCAAGACCAGCGUCAACAGCAACAGGCUGCAGAGCAGGAGAAGCUUAAGAGGCUAAAAGAAAUAGCUGAGAAUCAGGAAGCUAAGCUGAAAAAAGUGAGAGCGCUUAAAGGCCACGUGGAACAAAAGAGACUAAGCAACGGAAAGCUUGUGGAGGAAAUUGAACAGAUGAAUAAUUUGUUCCAGCAAAAACAGAGGGAACUCGUUCUGGCUGUGUCAAAAGUAGAGGAACUUACGAGACAGCUGGAGAUGCUCAAGAACGGCAGGAUUGACGGUCACCAUGACAACCAGUCUGCGGUGGCCGAGCUCGAUCGCCUCUACAAGGAACUGCAGUUAAGAAACAAAUUGAAUCAAGAGCAGAAUGCCAAGCUGCAACAACAGAGGGAGUGUUUGAAUAGGCGCAAUUCAGAGGUGGCAGUCAUGGACAAGCGUGUGAAUGAGCUAAGGGACCGGCUGUGGAAGAAGAAGGCGGCGCUACAGCAAAAAGAAAAUCUUUCCGUCUCACCUGAUGGACAUCUGCCUCAGCAAGGGGUGUCAGCACCAAGCCGCGUGGCUGCCGUUGGGCCCUACAUCCAGUCGUCCACUAUGCCACGGAUGCCCCCCAGGCCUGACCUUCUGGUGAAGCCAGCUCUGCCAGAUGGUCCCUUGGCCAUGCAGCCUGCAGAGGGGCCCAUGAAAGUACACACACUACCCAACAUGAGAUCCGGGGCCUCUUCCCAGACUAAAGGCUCUAAAAUCCAUCCACUUGGCCCUGAUUGGAGUCCAAAUACAGAUUUUUUCCCAAGCCACGCCUCCGCUUCUGCACUGAAAAGCUCUGGGAAUGCUGCAGACCAAGCUGACGAUGGGGAAGUUCCGCUGAGGGAGAAGGAGAAGAAAGUCCGUCCCUUUUCAAUGUUUGACACAGUCGACCAGUCUGCUGCCCCACCUGCCUUUGGGACUCUGAGGAAGAACCAGAGCAGUGAAGAUAUCUUGCGGGAUGCUCAGGCUGCAAAUAAAAAUGUGGCGAAAGUACCACCUCCUGUUCCAUCAAAACCCAAGCAGGUUAAUUUGCCUUAUUUUGGACAAACGAAUCAGUCACCAUCCGACGUGAAACCAGAUGGAAACCCUCAGCAAUUGUCAGCAGCUGUUGCAUCCGUAGGACAUAAACCCAAAACAGCAGGGCAGCCACAGAGGGCCCUGCUGUCCCCCGGCAUCCUUUCUGUCGGCCAAGACCAAACUCUUCUUCCAGGUUCUAAGCAAGAAAGUCCACCUGCUGCCGCUGUCCGGCCUUUCACUCCUCAGCCUUCCAAAGAUGCCCUUCUUCCCCACUUCAGGAAACCCCAGACUGUGGCAGCCAGCUCAAUCUACUCCAUGUACACACAGCAUCAGGCUCCCGGAAAAAACUUCCAGCAGGCAGUGCAGAGUGCGCUGACCAAGACACAAUCCAGAGGGCCACACUUCUCGAGUGUAUAUGGCAAGCCGGUGGUGGCCAGUGCCCAAAAUCAGCAGCAGCACCCCGAGAACAUCUACUCCAGUAGCCAGGGCCCACCCGGCAGUCCGGAACCGGAAACAGAGCCCGUUUCUUCAAUUCAGGAGAACCACGAAAAUGAAAGAAUUCCUCGACCGCUCAGCCCAACCAAAUUAUUGCCUUUCUUAUCGAACCCUUACCGAAACCAGAGCGAUGCUGAUUUAGAAGCCCUACGAAAGAAACUGUCGAAUGCACCAAGGCCACUGAAAAAACGGAGCUCGAUUACAGAGCCAGAGGGUCCUAAUGGGCCGAAUAUUCAGAAGCUUUUGUAUCAGCGGACCACCAUCGCUGCCAUGGAGACCAUCUCUGUGCCAUCAUACCCACCCAAGUCAACCUCUGGGACUGCCAGCUCAGAAAGCCCAGUGGAAAUCCAGAAUCCAUAUUUACAUGCGGAGCCAGAGAAGGAGGUGGUGUCUCUGCUUCCUGAGCCAGUAUCCGCAGAGGAAGCCGGGAGUGGCAAUACAGAGAACGGUGACAUGCCAGCCGCUUCUCCGGGCCUUGAUUAUGUGUCUGAAGGAAUCCCAGACAGCAGCCCCAAUUUCCAGAAUAGCGUGGAAGAACCAAAUCCAGAGGCUCCCCACCUGCUUGACGUGUACCUGGAGGAAUACCCCCCAUACCCACCACCGCCAUACCCAUCGGGGGAGCCAGAGGGGCCAGGAGAAGACUCUGGCAGCAUGCGUCCGCCUGAAAUCACUGGGCAGGUGUCUCUGCCUCCUGGCAAAAGGACAAACUUGCGUAAAACUGGUUCAGAGCGAAUUGCUCAUGGAAUGAGGGUGAAAUUCAACCCCCUUGCCUUACUUCUAGAUUCAUCUUUGGAGGGAGAAUUUGACCUUGUACAGAGAAUUAUUUAUGAGGUCGAUGACCCAAGCCUGCCUAACGACGAAGGUAUCACGGCCCUUCACAACGCCGUGUGUGCCGGCCACACGGAAAUCGUGAAAUUCCUGGUACAAUUUGGUGUGAAUGUGAAUGCCGCUGAUAGUGACGGAUGGACCCCCCUGCACUGCGCCGCCUCCUGUAACAACGUCCAGGUGUGCAAGUUUCUGGUGGAGUCGGGAGCUGCUGUGUUUGCCAUGACCUACAGCGACAUGCAGACCGCUGCCGACAAGUGUGAGGAGAUGGAGGAAGGCUACACCCAGUGCUCUCAGUUUCUGUACGGAGUUCAGGAGAAAAUGGGCAUAAUGAAUAAAGGAGUCAUUUAUGCUCUUUGGGAUUAUGAACCUCAGAAUGACGACGAGCUGCCCAUGAAAGAGGGAGACUGCAUGACAAUCAUCCGUAGGGAAGACGAAGAUGAAAUUGAAUGGUGGUGGGCGCGCUUGAAUGAGAAGGAGGGAUACGUUCCACGCAAUCUGCUGGGACUAUACCCAAGAAUUAAACCAAGACAAAGGAGCUUGGCCUGAAACUUUAUAGAAUUGUAGUUAAUGAAGAAAUUAAUCUCUGUUAUCACUAAGAAGUAACAUGAUUGUACUUGGCACAAAUUUCAGAAGACUUAUUUUAAUGACAAUGUAACUCGAAAGCCAUGAAGAAUGCUCUGGAAGAAGAUGAAGGAUCGAAGGACUCGCUGUUCGUGGAGGAAGUUCAUCCCCACGAAAUGGAGCUUGUAUUAUAAGUGAGCUGAUCUUACUGCCUUGGGGUAAAGGUGUCCCCGAUACCUGGUGACAAUCCUGUUUCCCCGCAAGAAAUAGGACCGCUUAUUGAGCCACUGGGAAAGCUUCAUGUCUAGGUCAGUUGGAGUGUUUUGGCACCUGCCUGUACCUGCUCCCACCAGAAAGGACCAGUGCCGUCAUGGCACCAUCCCCGAUUGUCCGUCAGCACCAGCAGGCCCUCAGGGGACUCGCGUGAAGGCUCGAAGAUUCCACACACCUGUAUAUUGUCAGUGAGGAACUGCUGGUUAGUAGUCAGUGAGCAAUAACUUUCUUACUAUAUGAGUUCUUGUAGCAUUUUAAGAAUUAUACAUAUAUUGGAAAUAUUGAAACCAAGCUACACUACAGGUAAUUAGAUUUAGAAUCUUGUUUUUAGGCUGAAUUUCAACGUAUAUUUAUUGCCUUUUGUAUCUUGGAAAUUAGAGACUUGUUGUAGACUUACCCAUAAUAUUUGUCAAGAUUAUAGCUGACUUUAAAAACAAUUGUGAUAAAAUUAAACUUUUUGACUCUA